CCCCGCCAGAAAGGUUCCCUAUUCCUGGUUGUGAAGUUGCGGAAGACAAUAGGAAAAAUGCCGCUGAAGCUCUUUGAUGCCACGGUUUCGAGCUUCGAUGGAGUCUUCGAGCAGUUUCGAUCAGAGGCGCCGAAGAACAAGGCCAAUCUAAUCGUCUUCCUGGCCGACAAAGACCCUGCUACCUCUCUCAGCUGGUGCCCUGACUGUGUGACGGCUGAGCCUGUGAUCUACAAAAAGCUGGAAGCUGCAUCAGAUGAUAUUGCACUGUUGAGGGCUUAUGUAGGGGACAGACCAACAUGGAGUAACCCUCAGCAUCCCUGGAGGGUGGACUCAAGGUUCAAGAUCGCUGACGUGCCGACUUUGAUCCGUUGGGAGAAUGACACAAUCAAAGGUCGUCUGGAGGACAAUGAAGCCCACAUUGAAGACAAGAUUGAAGCUCUUCUGGCCUGAAAUGAUUGCUAGGGUAGCUCGAUUCAGUAUGUAAGAACUACUAGUUAUGGCGCUAUCUUCCCAGCAAUUCAUCCGUCCUAUUAUCCUACGUCUAGAGCUUCGCCUGCAGAUCAUAGAAUAAAAAUAAGAUGUUAAAUGCUAGUGAAUGAACCCCCUGCAUCCUUGUAGCUUCAUCUAAGAAGGACGUGUACUAAGACACAGCUUGACAUGAGUAUAUGAUAUGUUCAGAUGCAGUGUGAAGUC